AUGUGGAUGAUGGGUUAUAACGAAGGAGGCGCAGAUUCCUUCAACGGAGGAAGAAAGCUUCGUCCUCUCAUCCCACGCCUCUCUUCUUGCCCCGCCGCUGCACACACCAACUCCGACCACCGCUUUAAUAUGGCAUUAGUGACGAUGACGGCGGAGCAGAACAAGAGAGAGCUGAUAAUGCUAAACUCAGAACCUCAACAUCCCCCAGUAAUGGUGAGCUCACGGUGGAAUCCGACACCGGAUCAGUUACGGGUUCUUGAAGAGCUUUACCGACAAGGAACUAGAACUCCUUCCGCCGACCAUAUUCAACAAAUCACGGCGCAGCUAAGGCGGUACGGGAAGAUAGAAGGCAAGAACGUUUUCUACUGGUUCCAAAACCACAAAGCCCGUGAACGCCAGAAACGGCGACGACAGAUGGAAAAUGGCCUCGAGGAAUCGGUCAUUACAACAACGAGUCUUGACUCAAACCACGGAUUUGACAAGAAAGAUUCACCUGGUUACAAGUAUGAACAGACCAAGAACUGGAUAUGUUCGGUUGGAUGUGACACACAAGCAGAGAAACCUCAUGACAAUCAUCAUCAGGAGGAGCCUGUCUCAAUAACAAUGGUAGCAACGAAGCGCAAUGGUCGUCAUGGAGGAGAAGAGAGACAAAGCUUCCAUGGGACAAAUUCCACGUGGCAGAUGAUGCAGCUGCCACCUGGACUCUACCCUUCUCCACAACAUCAUUAUCAUCCUCACCAGAUCCUCAGUUCAACUUCUGUUUCGUCCAACAAGUCCACUAGCAACAGUAUUUUCUCCGCUGCUAAAGAUACAGUCGCAGUUUCACCUUUAUUUCUGAGGACAAGAGUAGCGACGAACACCGAGAGUUGUGAUGAUAAUAAAGAUCAAGAACAACAUGAAGCUCCCUCUAACGGUGAAUCGGAUCAUCAAGAACAGACACUUGAGCUAUUUCCAUUGAGAAAAGAAGGGUUUUGUAACAGUGGUGGAGAUGGUGAGAAAGAGAAAAAUAGUGGCAUUCACUGUUUCUAUGAGUUUCUUCCACUGAAGAACUAA